AUGCAUAACAGCCAACGCUAUAAUUGUUUACGCAGAUGCUCGAGAUGUGCCAGUGACAACAACGCUGCUGACACGACUGACAGUUCAAAUCAGGGGGCGCACGACGUACCAGACACGCCAGAGCUGACGGGCAUCUGGAAACAAGCAGAUAAGCAAACGGCUAAGGGGAGUGACAUACCAUGGUCUACGAAGACUUGGGAGAUUAUGAGCAUCAUCCAGACGACACCGCCUGAUGAGAAGAUUGUGGUGUUCUGCCUAUUCACCAUGUUCUUCAAGAAGGUCUUGAUUCCGAUUUUGGAGGACAAAAACAUCGGGUUCCAAACGUACAUCGGUAGCAUGACCGCGGAUCAGCGGACUGCCGCAUUGAAGGAAUUUCGAGACGCUGAAGGCAUUAAAGUUAUUCUGAUGUCCACAACAGCGGCUAAUGUAGGCCUAAACCUGCAGUACGCCUGUAAGGCUAUCAUUGUUGACCCGUGGUGGAACCCAGCGAUGGAAAUGCAGGCGGAAAAUCGUUUGUGGCGACUCAAACAGGAAAAGACUGUGACCGUGUAUCAGCUGCUCAUAGCGCAAAGCGUCGAACAAGUGGUCCAAACGACCAAAGAUCUGAAAAUCGGGUACAUCGAUAUGGCCUUUAGUGAUAAUAUUGAGAGUGUUUCGGCGUGUCAUUUUGGUGUCAGAGAAGCGGCAGAUAGUAUUCUAGGCAGCACGCUUGCGCCACGAUCACGUGCAGAUGACACUGAUCGCUCACAAUCAAGUGCAGUCCGUCCUGGUCCCGGAAUACGAUCACAGCCCAUUCCGGUAUGUCGGAACGCCAAGGAUUUAAUUCAAGUGCAUGCUGGGUGUUAA